AUGUAAAAAUCAGCUUAACCUUACAUUGAUAAUUCUUUAACCAAAAAAGAUGCUCCAGUUUAAAAUGAACCAUAAUCCAAAUUCACUCCACUUUAAUUAAUACCUCCAAUUAAUGAUAAUUCUAAACAAUCAAAAGGCAUGAAAGCAUCUAGAUCAUAGAAUAACAGUAAAAUCAAAGUAAAGAAGGUUAAACAAAAAUUUCCAUCAUUAAUGGAAUUUGACGAAAUGCAGACUCAAGAUGAUGAACUUGAAUUUCAUGCAUACAAUGUUAAACCAUUUGAUUCAGUAGCCCCUUAAACUUUCAGAAAUAUCUAUAAAAAAAUUGACACUAUUCUAUAAAAGAAAACUCUCUAUCAGAAUUAAAAAAUGUCUCUUUUUAGUAGUGUAGCAGAAUCUUCGAAAAUAGAAGUAAUGCCUUAAUUUUAUAAGUAUUUUAAUAGAAAUUAAUGCCCAGAACUCUUGGUUUAAUUCGUCCAAAUACUAAUAACAAUAAGAUACUUGAUGCAUCUAAUUUUUGUAUGGGUGAUAAAUAUGCAAAAGUACUGUGUUCUGGUGUAAAAUUAACUCUAGAUUACUAUGAAUAAGUUAAUCUGAAAAACAACAAUCUUACUAGUAGAUCCAGUGAAUGUCUAAAUUAAUUGAUUCCUACUAAGUUAAAAGGUCUAAAUUUAUAAGGGAAUAGUUUAGGUUAAGGAGGAUAAGAAUUCGUAAAAGCUUUAAAUACAAGAUAUGGUCAAUUGCAGUAUCUAAAUUUAGAAAACAAUAAAUUUAAUGAUGAUAGUUGUCGGCAAUUAUUCAAAAUGCUUCAAGAAAAUACCAUAAUGUAAAAACUCAAUCUCUCCCAUAAUCUAAUUACAGAUAAAUCUAUGCCAGAAUUUAAUUGUUUAUUAUUAAAAAAUGCAACUCUAAGCGAGAUAUAUUUACACUGGAAUCGAAUUCAUUAAAUUGGAGGUAUAUUAAUAUAAAUAAUUAUUGAGGCUAAUAUAUUAUAACAGCUCUUUUUAUUAAUUACAAUGUCAAAGUAUUAGAUCUAUCAUUCAAUUCUCUUGGUAUCAGAUAUAAAGAUGAUGCUUAAUCUCCUUAAAAAAAUAGAUAGUAGCCAAAUUAAAAUUGGCCAGAUUACUUGUCUUCUAAGAAUUGUAAUCUUAUACAUUUAGAUCUUUCCAAUAAUCAAUUCAACCAAUCAUAAUCAGAAGCUAUUGCAAAGUCACUUGAAGACAAUCAUAAUAUAUUUGGAUUUCACUUUUCAGGCAAUUUUCAUAGUUCAAUUGAUCAUUUAGGUUUUCUAAAUAUUACAAAAUCAACAAUAGAAUAAAAGGAUAUAAUCUUGAAGAAAAAUGAAGAAUAUCAAUCAGAAAUUAUUGGAGCACUUUAAAUCCCAAGAAUAGAUGGUUUAAAAUAGAUUUAAAGAUAAUCAUAAUUCUAUAAUGAAGUAUGUUGGAUAUGUGAUGGAUGGGUAGAAUGUACUUUUCUAUGGUAGCCAACUCAUUUAGAUAUAAGAAAGGAACCCUUAUUCAUCCAUUUAAGUCAUGAAAGAUUUGCUCCAAUAAAAUUAGAAUUAAUGGAUGAUGAAUAAAGAGAAAGAUCACCAAUGUCUCGAAAAUCUAAUUCAUACAAAAUAUGGUAUGUAUAAAGAAUGGUACCAUCAAAGUAACCAAUUCGAUUCUUCUUUUCAAGUCCUUUAUUGAAAUAAGCUCAGGUAAGUAGUCAAUAUGAAAUUGUUGAUUGGCCUAAAGCAGAAUAGAAUAAGAAAGUUUUGUUUUAUAUGAUUAAUGAGAAACCUUUAACAUUUCGAAGACCAAAAUAAUGUAAUUAAAUAAUUUUGGGAUAAAAAUAAUCUUUUGAUGAAUUACAUUAUGAACCUAGUGUGCAUUGUAAGCCACGAAUAAAAGAUUAUGGUGGAAUAUUAGAUUUGAUUAUUGAUGAUUCAAUAGAAGAGAAUGUUGAUUAUGGAGAUAAUUUUUUUAAGGAAUGCCAUCGUGAUUCUGAUUAGGAAUUUUCAGAUUGUUUUGAAUGGGAUUGGAAUAAUUCUUAAUUAGGAAAAUUAAUAAAAGAGUAGGAUCAAUUAAUAUAAGUUAAAUAGUAUUUACACAGAAUAUAUAGAGAUUUAGUAUCAGCUUAUAGAAAUUAUAGUGCUUAUUCUCCAAGUGGUGAAAUUUGGAGUAUAUCACUAAAUGUUUUUACUGACAUAUUUUAAUCUUCAUUUGUAGAUAAUAAAUCAUAUCUUUUAAAAGAUUUGGAUAUAUCAUUUAGAUAGACAACAUCCAAAUAUAUAAAUUAGACAAGGACAUCAACUUCACAUGCAUUAUUAAGACAUUAAUUUUUAGAGAUAUUAGUAAGAAUGUCAAUGGAUAAAUAUUGUAAGACUCCUAAUUUGAUGAGUCCAAUUGAAGCUUUAUAAAAGGUUUAUGAAGUGGAUGGAUUAUAGAAGAAGAUUGAGUGUGUAUAAGAAUCAUAAACAUGGAGAGAUGUAUAUUAUUGGAGUAUGGAAUGUAAUAGGGUGAUAUAGAGUAAUCAGUCAAUUCUUAGAUAGUUAUAUUAGGAGUGUGUUUAGAUGAGAUAAUUAAAUUAUUUCACAAAUAAGAUUUUUGUAUCUCCAUAAUCAUUUAAAGAAUUAUUCAAUAGAGCAGGAUUGAUAAAUGAUGUAAAUGCAGAGAGAAAUGUAUUGAUUGCAUUUGCAUUAAGUGUACCUCUAGUUUUAGAUGAAAUUAAUUAAGAUAGAUAGAUUUAGAUGAAUUAUCAAGAAUUUGUCGAAGCUUUAGCUAGAGUGGCUGAAAAAUAUGGUUAGAAUAAAGCAGUUAUCAGUUCAGAAUAGUUAGCAUUGAAAUUAUAACAUAUUAUAGGAUAAUUAUAAGAGUAUUAUUAAAUUGUAGAUGAAAACAAAGUAUAAUCUAAUUAAAUAAUCAUAUUUAGAUAACUAUUCCAUAAAUGAGACAAUCUAAAAAGUAAACCAAUUUUUUAUAAGAGAAUGUAACUAAAUUAUUAUAUGAGAUUGAUGGAUCACCUAUGAAUGCACCAUAAAUUAAUGAAUAUGAUUUUGUAGAAUGA